UGCGGCGGUAGGAGGAGGACGGAGAAGGACGGAGCCUAGCUGUUGCUGCCUCCCUCGCUCACUCCUUCGCGCACUCGCCCGCCCCCUCCCUCCCUCCCCUCCCUUCCCCGGCCCCGGCUCCGGCCCCGGCCCCGGCCCAUUCGCUGUUCGGUCUUCCGCAGGGAGGAUGUCGGGCUCGUCGCUGCCCAGCGCCCUGGCCCUCUCUCUGUUGCUGGUCUCCGGCUCCCUCCUCCCAGGGCCAGGCGCCGCUCAGAACGCUGGGUUUGUCAAGUCGCCCAUGUCAGAAACUAAGCUCACUGGGGACGCCUUUGAGCUGUACUGUGACGUGGUCGGGAGCCCCACGCCAGAGAUCCAGUGGUGGUACGCAGAAGUCAACCGGGCAGAGUCUUUCAGACAGCUGUGGGACGGUGCUCGGAAGCGCCGUGUCACCGUAAACACCGCCUACGGGUCAAACGGCGUGAGUGUGCUGAGAAUAACCCGGCUCACCUUGGAGGACUCUGGGACUUACGAGUGCAGGGCCAGCAACGACCCCAAGAGGAAUGACUUGAGGCAAAACCCCUCCAUAACAUGGAUUCGAGCCCAGGCCACCAUAAGCGUCCUUCAGAAGCCACGGAUUGUCACCAGUGAAGAGGUCAUUCUUCGAGACAGCCCUGUUCUUCCUGUCACUCUGCAGUGUAACCUCACUUCCAGCUCUCACACCCUUACAUACAGCUACUGGACAAAGAAUGGGGUAGAGCUGACUGCCACUCGCAAGAAUGCCAGCAACAUGGAAUACAGGAUCAAUAAGCCGAGAGCUGAGGAUUCAGGCGAAUACCACUGUGUAUAUCACUUUGUCAGUGCUCCUAAAGCAAAUGCCACCAUUGAAGUGAAAGCUGCUCCUGACAUCACUGGCCACAAACGGAGCGAGAACAAGAAUGAAGGGCAAGAUGCCAUGAUGUAUUGCAAAUCAGUUGGCUACCCGCACCCAGAGUGGAUCUGGCGCAAGAAGGAGAAUGGUAUGCCCAUGGACAUUGUCAAUACCUCUGGCCGCUUCUUCAUCAUCAACAAGGAAAAUUAUACUGAGCUGAACAUCGUGAAUCUCCAGAUCACGGAAGACCCUGGCGAGUAUGAAUGUAAUGCUACCAACUCCAUUGGCUCUGCCUCCGUUGUCACCAUCCUCAGGGUACGGAGCCACCUGGCCCCACUCUGGCCUUUUUUGGGAAUUCUGGCUGAAAUCAUCAUCUUGGUGGUGAUCAUUGUUGUGUAUGAGAAGAGGAAGAGGCCGGAUGAAGUUCCUGAUGACGAUGAACCAGCUGGGCCAAUGAAAACCAACUCUACCAACAAUCACAAAGAUAAAAACUUGCGCCAGAGAAACACAAAUUAAAUACUGCUUAUAAUAUCUUUAGGUUCCUGAAACUGGUGGCAACAUGAUCUGCUAAAUUUUCUGCUUGGACCUCUUUGGUUCUCUCCCCUUUUAAGUGAGCAGCACCACAAAUGACUGUCUAAAGCAUGCCUUAUUUAGCCUUUCCUGUAAGGGUGAUCUAGUCAGGUACAUUUUAAACAAUGCUUCAGUGUAGAAGGUGUAAACUAUUUGGGGCUUGAUGUGCUGUGAAUGUUGCUUUUUUUCCCCCCUUUGUUAAAAUAUUUAAGUAGAAGUGAAAAGGUCCUCUGAGGAUCGGAUCAUGCAUGCGCCAUUUUUUACUUAAUGCAGCUGUUAAAUUGGCAAAGCUCUAAAAUGCACUGCUGCCAUCUAGUGAUAACAUUUUUGUAAAGUACAGCAAAACCUACAGAUAUAUACAGUAUAUAAAUAUAUAUAUAUAUAUUUAUAUUUUUGGGGGUGGGAGAAAUCCAAAAUAAAAUAAAUGCUUGUUUCAUUUUUUAGCUGCUGAUAUUCAUUCCUUACUGUAUGUUGUCAGAUGAGGAGAUUGUGCAGUUCUGGUACAUAAAGAUGAGUAAUAUAAACUGAAAUCUAUAAUUUUAAGGGCUUAACCUAUGACUUUGAUAAAAAGCUGGAACACUCCACUGAAUGGAUAUAUUGAAUUGCAGUAUAUAUGUAUGAUUGCUUUUUAAGUGAUUAUUUUUUCUUCUGUUAAAUCAUGUAAAUUCUUAAAUCCUUUUGCACUGAUGUGUUGAACCUUAUUGUACAUUCAAUUAAGGCAAACUUUUAUAAUUUACCUUUUGUUUUCAAUGACCUUGAAAUGUUAUAGCAUGGUAUUCUAUGCAACUAGUUAUCCUCUGGGGUUGACACUGUAUUUUUCACAUUGAUUUAAAACAGUUGAGUGUAGAUUUUCUCACCCGGCAGGGUUCUCAUGCGGUGUGUAACCGUAGAUGCAUGUACUUGUGUUCUGUGUAAGUGUUGAAGUGCAAUGAUGUAUAAAAAAGUGGAUUCACUGUUUUUAAAAAUAAAACAUUGAUAAAAGGUG